CCCAGACUCUUCACCUGUAGAAUUCGAAGUUUUGUCUCCUUUCCCCAUCCCUUCCUGCUCCGUAGAACAAUGGCGACCUCGUCGGCGCAGAUCACCCCCACUGUAGGUAUCCUCUCCAUCGGCGACAUGGGCAUGGGGGUUGCCCGGCUGCUCCGCCACCACGACCACACCGUCUACACGGUCGCCAAGGGCAGAAGCCAGCAUACUCUUGACCGCAUCAGCUCCUCGCAGAUUACCACCUUGGAGUCGGACGAACAGCUCGUCGCCGAGGCCGACAUCAUUCUGAGCAUCGUGCCUCCGCGGGAUGCCAUCGCGACGGCUCGCCGGGCGCUGGAAGCCUGCCGCUCGCAGACCGCGAUCAAGCGACGUAGUGAACGACGGGGCACCGCCGCCGUCUCGCAGGCCCCGAGUCUGACGUACAUCGACCUGAACGCCAUCAGUCCCAAAACCGCGCGAUCCAUCGCCGCCAUGUUCUCGACGCCCAUGUCUCCAGCGUCGCCGCGACGACUGUCCAUCUCGCGCACUUUCUCGUUCCACCCGAGGAGGGAAUCUGAACCAGAGUUGGACCCGAUCCCGAUCGACUUCCUCGACGGCGGCAUCAUCGGGGCGCCCCCGUCCCUCAAACAGGACCACACGUGGAAAAAGCCGUCGGUGGUCAUUUCCGGACCCAAACAUGCCGACCUCCUGACUCCGGCGUUCAUCGACCUGCUCAACAUGAGGAUCCUGGGCCCCAAAAUCGGCACCGCCUCGGCCUUGAAGUCCUGCUUCGCCUCCCUGACAAAGGGCAUGACGGCGCUGUCCAUCCUCUCCUUCACCACGGCACACACCUGCGGCGUGCUGAAGGAGCUACAGGCCCACCUGCAGGAAUUCAGCCCGCAACUGCUCGCGUUCGCCCAGGGCGGCCUGGUGAGCAUGCCGCCCAAGGCGUACCGCUGGGUGGAAGAGAUGCGGCAGAUCAACGAGACGUUCGCCGAGGAGGGCGGCUUCACCACCGCCGUGCUCUCCUCGAACGGGAACGGCAGCGGCAGCGGCAGCGGCAACGGCCACGGCCAGGGUAAUGACCACGACCACCCCCACCACCGCCACCAAUCCCCCAGCAGUGCCAUCGUCCCCAGCAACGGCAAGCACGGGGCCGGCGUGUUUGAAGGCAUCGCCGAGGUGUACAACCUGGUCGCCUACGACACGAUCCUGGGCGGAGAGCGGGUCGAGCGGCGCAAACGAGGCACCAACCCCGAGGACGUGGCGGAGUGCGUGAGGGACGGCAUCGCGAGGAAGAAGAGGAAGUUGGCCGGCGAGGAGUCGGAACUGGAGGCCGCGUGGAGGAGCAGCUGGGGCGCGUGAGUCUCCCGCCUUGUCGACUCCUCUCUGGGUUUCCUUCUCGCGUUUUUGGAACCGGGAAGGGAGUUUGGAAUGGGAGCGGUGGCGCGAGAGACAUGGUCAACGAGGGCCGGAAGAACGAGGAGGGGGAGGGCGGAUCGACGCGGCCGGCGUCCGCCUUUAACCUUUCCCCCUCUGCCUUUCCUUACAAGAAAACCAAAGGUCUCUCCCACCGGUAUCGGUACGCUCAUAGAGUUUCGUUCUCCUACAAUGUGAGGAAGAACAAAAUCCAUUCGUUGGUCAAGGUGGCGUGGAGGACAGAUGGACUCUUUCCGCCGCACGAUGCACGAAUUGCAUACGCUGCGGUGCAUGAUGAUGACUUGAGCAAGGCGCUACCGGCCUCCAGAUACAUUGCAACGCGAAUGCUAGGGUUUUGAAUAUUACUACUACUACUACUACUGCUGCUGCUGCUGAUGUUGCGGCUGCUAAGGCUUUCUUCUAGUGGGAGUAUGGAC